AUUCGAAUGGGGAGUUUAGGAGGCGCCGCAGGAGGGCGGGCUGUUGGUCGAUCUCCUGAGGACAGGUGAGUCUCUGGACAGGUAUCCUUCCUGGACAGGCAUCAGCUGGCUCCGAGAGGUCAGGCCGUCCUUUCCCCCCUGGGCUUCCUGCUUUAAAAAUGCGGGACGUGUGGCUUUUUUGGUGGCGGAGAGGGUUGGUCUUCUGCUUCCUGCAGUCUAGUCUCUGUUUAAGGAAGGGGCUCCUUUGCUUCUGCCUACUAUUUGAUGCGGAGGGAGGACGCUAUUCUUGCAGGGACCAAAAGCUAAGCAACGUUUACUUCAACGGAUAUUCUUAAUAGGUGCUCUUCCGCCCCGCCCGAAGGCACAAACACUGUGCAGCCCCAAAGGCUUGCUUUUAAUCCUUCUCUUAAACUUCAAGCCAGAUAUUUCCUGGUCACAUUCACUAACCGAUUAUAAAAUUCCCACCGCACCCUGAAAUGGAAGAAAUAUUCACUCUAUACACAGACUUCUCUACCAGGUGGAAAGUAGUCAUUCUCUCUACAUACGCUGCUUUUCUUUCCCAAUGCUUACUUAAGGUGGCUUUAUAGUUUUAAAACAACAGUAACAAACAACACACACACAAAUUGUAUCUUCCUGUUUCAGCUCCCUGCCUUGUUGAUACCUGCAGCAAGCAUUAGUAUCACCAGAAAGAAGUUGGCUGAUGGAAUUUGCUAGCUUCCCACCUCUCACCUGCAAAUUAAGUGUCAGUAGCUAAGCUGAAAUGUCUUCCACCACUUCACUUGGCCAAUACUUACUCCACUUUGCACUAACCCCUCCCCCCGCAGCAGCUGAGGCUGAAUAUGAACAGGAUUUGUAUAAGUUUUGAGGUGGAGAACCAGAAUUGGACUGAUGUCUGGACGUGGGCAGGAAGAAAAUGGGUUCCUCUUGGCAGCUUGACACCCGCUUUCUCUGGGUAGAGGAUUUACAUGAGAUGGGCAGGAAAAUGUUAUUUCCCUUUGGCAACAAUAUUGCCAAGUAAUGGCAAAGGCUGGGUGGGGUUAGAGAUCAGUGACAGAUAUUUUAGUAAUGCUGUCUAUGGACUUCUGCUUCAGACGCAGACCCUGGGAAUUUCCUCCCCUCCAGCACCAACUGUCAAACACUGAUUUAAAGUGAUGAAAAAGACCUAUGUAAAUAAUGGCUUUAAAUCAAACGAUUAUCUUAAAAUGUUGAGUGAUGUAGUUCGUGUGCCUUUUUUGCACUGUAUUAUAUAUACUUAGAAGUAAGAGGCAAUGUAACAAUGGCUUUCUGUAUGCAUACAAGGAAACCAAGCAAGGUAAGAUGUCAAAGAUCAAGAUUCCUAUGUUCUGCAUUGUAAGCCAAGUACUCUGAACCCUCUUGAACAAGUUAUGUUAAUGACUGAGCAAAACAAUUAUCCAUGAGAUGGAAAGAUGCUGUUGUGUUUUUAAUUCUAAAUAUUCAUAAUUUGCUGCAAUACAUGUAAUAUAUGAAAGUAAGUAAACUAUUUUGUUUCCAUUUAUCCACCUUUACCAUAGAAAGGUAGGGAUAAAUUCAGUUGUCUUUGACAGAGUGAUAAUUAACUGAGUUUUAAGAGAAGUAUAAAAUUAAUCACUUAAGUUAUUUUUUAAAUGUGGCAUUUUGUGUAAAUUGAAGUUUAAACAAAAUGAAUUUGAUGCUAAAAUAUCAUUUAAAAAUCUGUUUAAAGUAAUUAUUUUAAAUGUUGAUUUAUCCAUCCUACAAGGAAGACUUUACCUUCAGCAUAGGUAUGGAAAUAGGGUCUAGUAUAUUACCAGCAUGACAGUAGUUGAGUAUAAAUAGAAAAUAAUAAAGGCUUCUUUUUUUUUAACAGAUCCCAUAGUGAUACAUUCUGUGCUGUAGAGAAAAUAAGAUUACAAGUCAAGUAUACUCUUCAGGAAGAGCUUGUAUGAUAGUUUCAGUCCUGCAGUUGCAGCUUGCUUUAGGUCUCAAUGCCUAUUUAUAUUGUUCCUAAGAAAAGCGAUAUUAGUGCACCUGGUGGUUCUUCACAAAAGCAUCCUCCAGAAAAUGUCAUUGCUAGAAACAGGUUUGCACAGACAUUUACAUCCCACACACUGGAGAAUGAGGGAUGCAAUCCUCAGUCACAGCCCUUGAGUAAGACCAAAGAAAUAAAUACGACCUAUGUGCUUUCAGCCUGUAACAAACUGGCUGACACUUCAGCUGCUUCCACGACUGAAGGCAAGCUGACACUCCAAAGAAGAACUGUGACGAGCAAAGAACAAUCUGAUACAAAUACAACACAUGACAGUGAAAAUACACGAGUGGAAAAAAGAUUGACGCUGCAGCGCCGAACAAGGACUGAAUCAACUGAGAAGCACAAAACAAAUAUUCACGAAGCCAGAGCAGAAAAAGGAGACCCUCUUCCCCAGAAGAGUGGCAAAACAUUGUUUCCACCAAAAAUUAGCAGCAGUGACCCUCCAUUUGUUAAGACUGGCCUUUUGUCACUUCAAGGUCUCACAGAUGGAAAGAGAAAUCCUGUUAUGAAAAGUGAUGUACCUUUUAAUCAUAAUGGUUCAAGUGCUACUGGUGGCUACACACCUUUAAGAUGCAAGACAGUUGUUGGUGAUUCUCAGAAUAAAAACAAAGUUCCUAGACCAUCACUCUUAACAGUAGGAAAACUUGAUGAAAGGACGUCUAUAUUAAAACUAGCUGAAAAGCGUAAUUCCAGUAAGGAAAAUGGAACUGAAAGUCUGCAAAAUAGAUUUAUUAAGAAUGAAAAUCUGGAAAAGCAGAAGACACCAAGGAAAGGGUCAACAGAAGGAAUGAAAUUCACCUCCAGAUGUGGAGCUGUUCAGCAUGCCAAGACUCCUGCUGCCCCAAGCAUAAAGAAUAAGAUUCUGUGUCCUCAAACAAUAUCAGCCAAGAAAUCUGGUACUAAUGAAUUUACCCUAAAUAGAAGGUUGCAAGAAAAUACCACGUAUACUCAACAAACAGCUUCGCAGAAAGAAGAUACUCUAAUGCAGAACAUAUGUGGUAAAGAAGACCCUUUCAAAAUAGAAAACAGCAAAGUGACUGUAGCUGUGAGAAUACGACCUUUUAGUGUCAGGUAUAUAACCAUUAUUUUUUUGGACUAAUUAUGAAAUUAUACAAGUUGUUACCAUGAUAUUGAAUAGUAUAACAUGCUCUCCAACCACUUAGAUAUAUUACCCAGUUUAAUUUCUGUUGUGUCUGUAUACAAACUGCUGCGCUUCUCUUUAAUUCCAUUGUCCACUUUAUAAGGGAUCUGUGUGUUCUAACUAGGGCUGAGACAAUUUAACAACUCUAUGAAAUAAAUAAAAUGGGAUGAUAGUUGAUACUUCUUUAGCUCAGUAGCCCACCUUGCAAGGGAAGCUAAUCCAAUUCCCUUUGCAUAAUUCCUCCUGGACUCCAUUUUAAUAAACCUCAGAUUUUGGGGGCAAGAGUAUAGUCAUAUCCAGCACUGUUGUUCCCUUGUGCAGCAGACUUCUAGUUGCACAACAGAACUUGUCAUUCCUCUUUCCUGCAGCCCACCAUGCAAUCACAAAAUCUGCUCCAGGGGGUUGAAGGACCCUCUGGAGCACAAUUUGAGGGCUCACUCAAGAGGACAGGAAGGGGAAGUCCUGUUGCAAAAGUGGAACUCUGCAUGCACAGUAAUGUCCAGCUUUUUGUCCCCCUGUAUAUUUUUUUUAAAGAAAUGCUAUGCAGCACAGUGGCUUUUGAAUUUUUUAUCGGUCUUCUGAUUUUUAGGCAACAGAUCUGCAGAUGCUAGCUUUGCAUUUUAGAAACUGGGCACUUGCCAUGGAGUUUAUAUUAGUAGUUAAUUUAGUCUUUGAUCUUGGAACUAUAUGUUUUAUAAAUAUAUAAAUUAUUUUCUUUGGCUGUUUUACUGUAAUCCUGGAUUUCAACAAGUCCUAUGGAUUUUGGUGUUUGUUGCACAUGUUAGCAUUGGAUCCUAAACAGUAUAUUUAUGAAUUAUUUUGAUCUAGGUGUAUUUUGUACAUUAGUUCUAUGAAUGCCUGAUGUAGUAUACUGAACUUCAAUACAGUCUAUCUCUAUGCUGACAUUUUACAUAUAAUGAAAUUUUUAAAACUUUUAAGAAGAUUCAUAUAGAAAAUUCAUAUGGCUGGUGCACAAUUAACCUGAAGACUGUCACAUAUUAUAAUGAUUUAGUUACAACAUCAAUUAGACAAUUUAGAUUAAAUUUGGUUUAUAAGAUCAGUUACAAACCUGAAUGUGUUCAGUGUUUUGUCGUCCCUCACCCCCUAUAACUAACAUUUAUUUUGUGCCUUUAUUCAGAGAUAAGAAUGAAGAAACAUUACAAGUGGUUUCCAUGACAGGGCAAGAGACUGUUGUGCACCAUCCAAAUACAAAACAAAUCUACAGUUUCACUUUUGACUUCUCAUUCUGGUCUUUUGAUAAAUGUCAUAAUUUUGCAAGCCAAGAGAUGGUGUAUCAGUCUCUGGCAGUACCUCUCCUAGAAAGAGCCUUUGAAGGAUACAACACCUGCCUUUUUGCAUAUGGACAGACUGGUUCUGGAAAGUCAUACACGUAAGUUGGAUUGGAAGUGUUCCUUUUCUGUUGCUGUUGCUGACACCCAAUACAUGUCGUAUCCAGAUGCUUUUUUGUUGUAUGUUUGUUUCUUAAGUGAAUGAGAUUAUUAUUGAAACGGAAGACUGACUUGAAUGAAGCCAAACUAACAGUACAGAGAACAUUUUAUUUAAAUCUCUCUGAAGAAAAUUAUGUUAAGUGAAUGGAGAUGUUUUAAACAGAAAAACCACCUAUCUUCAGGACUGUUAUUAUCUAGUACUUUAGGGUAACAGUAACUAAUAGACUAAGAUCCGAAGCAGGGAUUUCCUUGUUCAGAUCUCAUGUAUGCUAAGGGUACCUGAUGUCCCCGUUUCCCGCAGACAGUCCCCGGAUUUAAAAAAACAGUCCCCUGACAAAAUCCUAUCAUUCCUACUGAAGUUGAAAAGUGUCCCUGGAUUCAUUGAAAAAAAUCCGGUAACCUUAAUGUAUGCUGAUAACUCACUAGGCUCAUAGGAAGCUGUUUUAUACCAAGACAGACCAUUCCAGUGUUUCCCAAACUAGCUGGAAAUCUGGAAAACUAGUCUAGCUGUUUUUGGACUACAGUUCCCAUUAUCCAUGACCACUGGUCCUACUAGCCAGGGAUGAUGGGAGUUGUAGUCCAAAAACAGCUGGAGACCCAAGUUUGGGAAACGCUGAUCUAGCCUAAUAAUGUCUACUACUGACAGCAGCUCUCCAGGGUUUCAGGCAAAGUAUCUCCCUCAGCCCAACCACAAGAUGCCUGUUUGAACCUGGGAUCUUUUGCAUGCAAGGCAGUGGCUCUACCGAACUUCAUUUUACCUUCAGUAAAAUGGUGACAGUAAUGUUGGCCUACCUGGCAGGGUUGUUGGAAUAAUGGCUGAGAUGACACUUGUGAAGUGUGUAGAAAGUUCAAGAUAAACGUGAGGUAUUAUUAUAAAUAAUAUGGAUCUAAUAUCUUCUCCUAGCAACUCUGUGUUGUGAACUGCCCUGAGAUUUGCAGAUGAAGUGGUACAAAAAUGUAAUAAAUAAAAUAAUUAACAUGGAGUUAGGUGACCAGAAGCCACACGAUAGCCAAAGCUUGCCAUAUGGCGUGUGGAUUGUCUCAUCUUCAAACCAUGCAGUUAAGAACACCAUAGUCACCUUUCCUAGCUAAUCCGUUUUAAGAAUCUUACUAGAUUUUACAAUAUUAUGCAGAAAUUUUCUUCUAGUUGUCUUUUAAAACUGGUACUCCCUCUAUAUCAAUGCCUCAUUAGGAAGUGUGAACGUCGUAUUCUGCAGAGUUGUAACCCAAGCCUAUAAUUGCAAUAUUUGUCAUUACAGUAUGAUGGGAUUUGAUGAUGACGAAAGAGGAAUAAUACCAAGAUUCUGUGAAGAUCUCUUUACUCAAAUAGCAGAAAAAGAAAUGCAACAGGUAUUGUUGCAGCAUUACUUUUCUUUCUGAACUUAUUGAGGCUGCUCCAAUUUAUUUGGGAGUACAUGGAACCACCUUUGGGUUCACUUUUGGGCAUCACUGUUGUGGAGGCACUGUUAAUGUGAAUCAACACUUCCACAUAGACGCACUACAUGUGAUUGCAAUGAUUUCCAUGGUGGCAGCAGUGCUUUUUCGGAAGUAUCCUGCAACAAUUGCAUGGGCGUUUUGUGAACUGGGUGAUAAAUGCUGUUGAGCUGAUUGGCUCAAUGCUUUUCUCGAGGGCAGGCAUGUGGAGGGGUACAGAAUAGUACUAUAUAUAUAUAUAUAUAUAUAUAUAUAUAACCGGUAUUCCCUCAGAAGUGAUUGAACUGGGUAAAAGCCGACCCUGAAAUUUGCCCCAUCCUUGUGGCUGCUUCAUUCAACCCAUACUCACCAGCAGGGUGGGAUUUCAUCACAGCUUCCAUGUGGCUGUGUGUAGGAAGCAAAUUACCAGAGCAACAUAUUUCUAUAGUACUUGAUAUUCCUGUAGUUUUGGGGUGUCUUUUUUUUUUUACCAUAAAAUAAAACCAGAAAUCAAUAUGUACAGACUACAGCUCCUCUGCUGGCUAGCAAGGCUGAUCUUACACCUUAAUAACUGUUGAUAUAUUCUAUUGUUGUACUGUGUUUCUUGGGUGUACGGGCAGCAAUAAAGCUGUUGCUUUUUUUUAAUUAGACUGAUUUUCAUCUUGAGAUGAGCUAUUUUGAAGUCUACAAUGAAAAAAUUCAUGACUUGCUAGUCUACAAAGCUGAAAAUGGACAGAAGAAACAGCCUGUAAGUAACUAAUUACGUUCUGCAUAUUGACGUAUUGUCAAUAUGGAUUAGGAUGCCAAUGUCACUGCUGUUCUGGGGUCCCAGAUUAGCAAACACUGAGUUGGAGAAGUUUCAGUCCUUCUACUUAUGGUUAAUAACUUGUUAGAUAGUUCCAUAAAUGUGCUCUAAAUCUCUGAAGCUUUUAAAGCUGAUCAACACUGACUUUUCUGAUUAACAGCUUCGUGUGAGAGAACAUCCUAUCUUUGGACCCUAUGUGGAAGACCUGACUGUGUAAGAUUUCAUUUUAUGAUUUCUUUCUACAAAUGUCUGUUUGCUGACUUAAAAUGGACCUACAGUGGUACCUCGGGUUAAGUACUGAAUUCGUUCUGGAGGUCCGCUCUUAACCUGAAACUGUUCUUAACCUGAAGCACCACUUUAGCUAAUGGGGCCUCCUGCUGCCGCUGCGCCGCCAGAGCACGAUUUCUGUUCUCAUCCUGAAGCAAAGUUCUUAACCUGAAACACUAUUUCUGGGUUAGCGGAAUCUGUAACCUGAAGCGUAUGUAACCCGAGGUACCACUGUAUUAGUUAUUCACAUAACAAGAAGCCUGCAGUCAAGGAAAUUGUUGGGUUUUUCAAACAAAUUGUGAAAUUAAGCCCCAAACAAACUGGCUAUUGACACUACUUUUUCACAGUAUCAUUUCUCAUUAAUUCCCUGUCCCUCAGUUCUCUGCUUUUCCCCAGAAUGCAGUUUCCUCCACCUACUGUCCUCUCAGACACGUUUCUGUUCCAUUGCCUGUCCUCCAGCCUUCCUCCAGCCCCACUUCCCCUUCAUUUUCUUACUUAGUUUUUUGGUCCUUAAUCUGCCCCAUGCAAACAAUUCUCCUCUUCUGUCUUCUAUUAAUCUCAAAGAUAUAGUUUGCCCAUUUCUUACAGAUGGGUAACUACAAAUGUUCUGAUGCUAACCAUUCUCACAUUCUGUAACACCACCUCAAUCAUACUGGAGGUGUCGCCAACACAAGCAAAAUAUAAUAAUGAUUCUCUUGUAAACUCUGUUGAGCCUAUAAUAAAGUGUGGGUUUUCAUUCCUUCAGGUGUACAGACUUGGACCAUAAUACUGCUAGAAUUGUGUAGUAAAUCCAUAAUUUCUGAGGUAUCUGUAGGCUUCAUUGAAGCUUCUUGAUGAAUAAUUGUAAGCUGAAUGGUUUGUAGGACUGGGUCUGUGUUUAUAUGUGUAGAACUUGGUUUUUCCCCCUUCACAAGAGAUAAAAAUUAUUAUUUUUCUUCUAGGAAUGUUGUUGGCUCUUACUUGGAUAUUCAGGUAAGGUUGUUGUUGUAUGUAUCAAAGCACGAGACUUAAAAAUCACAUGUUGUCAGGGAACUGCCAUCAGUGCCGGAGGGAGAGAGAGAGCCCCAGAGGGAUCCCAGAGAGCGUCACGGGAUUGGGAGAGGCAGCCCAUCUUCUGGGGAAGGGAAUCAGCCCAGCUCCAGUAGAGAAGGGGGGCAGAUGGGGGAAUCUGAGAGGGAGUCACAGGACUCCUUGCCUGGGACCAGCGGGGGGAGGAAGGGUCCUCCGCUGCCUACGCCUUCCUUGCGCAGAAGGCUUCCGCGCAGGGAAAGUAGGAGGCAACUGGGCGUGAAAGAACUUCUUUGCUGGAAGAAGUUUAAGAAAUGCCCACUGACGGAUUCUGCCAGCGAUUGAGACAGCCACGGGUGAGUGGCUGUCCGGACAGAAAAGGUUCACUUAGGCAACCCAGCCAGGUAUGGGCACCGGCUUACACACGAGCAACCCCUUGAACCACUACACAUGUAAAACUGAUUUAUAGUUUUCAGUGAUGGCAAAUAAGAGAUUAUACAGUAAUUGAAUUCUUCCACACAAAUAAGUAUUGAAAUAGUUGAACUGGCAAUCUUUGUGGUAGAUCCUUGUACUGACAGAAAAUUACCGUAUUUUUCGCUCUAUAACACGCACCCGACCAUAACACGCACGUAGUUUUUAGAGGAGGAAAAUCCGUAGCCAUGCCACCCAUAGGCAUUCCCUCCAUAACACGCGCAGACAUUUCCCCUUACUUUUUAGGAGGAAAAAAGUGAGUGUUAUGGUGCAAAAAAUACGGUACUUGCAGGAUUAAAAUUUCUCCUUUUACCCAUUUCUCCAGAGCUCCUGUGAGAAAUUGUAAAAACGUUUGUUUUAAUUUAUAGUAUGUUUAAUUGUCUGAUGUAUAUCUCUUAAUGAUAGAAGUUUCAUUUAAAUAUAAACAACAUGAAAAGCCACCAACCAAUUCUGCCAUAAAAUCAAUGUUACCAAUAUAGUUGGUAACUGUUGCAGCUCAGAUAAAAAUGUCUACUCCAAAAUAAUGAGGACUUGGGUAAGCUUUUGGGUAGUGAUUUGGCCAUUUCUUCACACUUAGUGGAGUGUGCAGAAUUGUGCCAUAAAGGACAGUAUAGCCCCUUGCUUCCCCAGUGACUUCCUGUCAGGUGUGUAGUGUUACAGAAAAUCUUAAGUAUUCCAAGGUGAGACCUCCCACACCUGUGCUGGAAGCAUCUAGCUUCUUGCCAUCCCCCAGGAUCCUGACAGGUAAGAUACUGCUGGAAAGAAACAGGAGCACAGCCACAUGCAGGUACCUGCAUACAAAGACACAAUAUAUGGCAAGCAAAGUACAAUGAAUGUGUUUGUCACAAUGUACCCGCUAUUACAAGACAUGUGGUACGUACAAGCAGUCCUCCAGAAUCAUCAAAAUAAGUACAAUUAAUGAUAUAUUUUCAUUAUAUCCAGCACACGGAAAUUAUUGGAAGCAGCAGAGCUGCUGUAGCAAACAGGACUGGAGCCUGGUGAUCCCAGUUUCAAAGAGAAACUCCUUCUUCAGCCUGUGAAGUUAACAAGGUCCCACAUCGGGUACAAGGUGGGGCAGCUGCCGUGUGCUGGCUAGCUGCCUCUUCGAAACUGGGAUCACUGGGCUCCAGUCAUGUUUGCUACAGCUGCUUUGUACUUUGCUUGCCAUAUAUUGUGUCUCUGUAUACUAGCUUGAACCCCAGUUUUUUUCUUUUUUGAAAGAACACUUGUAAUCUUAAGGACAAUGUUUAAAAUUGGAAAUAUUUAAGGAUAAGAAAAUUAUAGACAUGUACUAUAUAAGAAAUUAUAAAAGAACCGGGGGAGGGAAUAGAGGGAAGUCAAGGGAUCUGAGGAAUCCCAAAAUACGGAUUUAAUAUGGUAUGAAAAUGUUUUAUUUUAAUUUAUUUAUUUUUACUUUAAUUGCAUCUGUUUAUUAUGAUAUGUGAAGAUAAUGUUUAAUUGUGAAAAAUUAUUUAAAAAUUAUUUUUAAAAAAGAAAAAGAACCCUUUUUUCUAUUUGUGUAUGUUUUUACACAGCGGGUUCCUUAUUUUUGCACAGGAUGAGUUGGCGGGAGAUGUGUAGAAUGCCUCACCUUGGAGUGUACAGUCCAAAUACAUGACUAGCAGAGCACAGCUGAAACCCAGUAGGGGAGGAAAGAGCUAUGCUGUGAGGUGGAGCCACUUGCUUUAUUUAUAGCAAGACCCUACUACUAGCAGCAGCAAAUGAGUGAUGGAUUUCAAAUGAUGUGUUUAUUUUUAAUAUUUCAAUGCCCCACUUCAUUUUGUCUUUUUAACUUACUGACAGCUUGAAAAUCUAGAUAAGUCAUGUGGACUCUCCUUCACUGGACAUUUUUAAGCAGAGGUUGGAUGGCCAUCUGUCAUGGAUGCUUUGGUUGAGACUCCUGCAUUGCAGGGGGUUGGACUAGAUGACCCUCAAGGUCCCUUCCAACUCUACAAUUCUAUGAUUCUAUAAGUGGCUUUUGUGUGUGUUAGCACAAGUUGUUCUAGAAACAUUUAUUUUAUUUUAUUUUUUAAAAUCCUCAUGGUGCUCACAACUGUUUUCUCAAAAUUUUCACAUCCUCUCUUUCUAUCAGAAUUGGCUCCAGUUAGGAAAUAAACACAGAGCUACUGCUGCCACAGGAAUGAAUGACAAGAGUUCUCGAUCUCAUUCUGUUUUCACCCUGGUGAUGACACAAACAAAGGUACUGGGCAUUUCGGUUUGCUUUUAAACUUACUUUUUUAUAACAUUUUGUAAUGCAGGUCAAAAAUUCAACAAAAUUAUUCACUCCCCUCUCUUCCCUUUUGCAUAAAGGGGAACUUUUUUAUUUAAAAAAAAAUGUUCAAUAAUGCAGCAGACGUUGAGCAGAAAAUUCACUUAUUGAUAUAAAACCUGGGAAAUAAUGGUUUGGAUCUCAAGACGCCUGGCACAAGUGGAGAGACUUAAUUUAAGCAUCAACAAAAGUUGUUUAAUCUUACAUAAAGUAAUUUUAUGUAUGGGCAGAGUGACUGCACACUAUGCUCCCCGUUUUUCUUUAUACUUUUUUUUUCUAUUGUAAACAUAAUGAAAGCAUUAGCUUCCUAUCGAUGUGGUUGCUAACUUGUUUUAUGAAGUUUUAAAUGUUAGAGAACUAGAGCAGGUUAAGGAGGAGAUUGUCUAGGUUUCUUUUUUUUUAGGUUAUACAAAUAUUCAUGAUCUCCGGCUUUGUUUUUAAACUGUUCAUAGGCUGCAAGUCAGGUAUAGCACAGGAGCAUAGGAAACUCCCUUAUACUGUGACUGGCCAUUGGUCCAUCUAGAGUAGUAGUGUAUACACUGACUGGCAGCAGCUCCAGAGUUUUAGGCAGGACUCUCCCAGCCCUAUCUGGAGAUGCCAGAUAUUGAACCUGAGACCUUCUGCAUGUAAGGCAGACACCCUACCACUUACCUACAUGCCUUCCUCGCAAGCUGCAUCCCUCCCCAACAUGUCCAAUUGUAGUCAUUUCUUUAUUUUAGACGGAUAUUGUGGAAAAGGAGGAACGCGAACAUAGAAUUAUCAGUCGUGUGAACCUGGUAGACCUUGCAGGCAGUGAGCGCUGUUCUACAGCUCAAACCAGUGGAGAAAGACUGAAGGUAAAAUGUAUACAAGGUACUCUGCCGGGCCUGAUAUUCUCAGAAACUGGGCAACUGUCCAGCGGAGCCACCUUGUUAAUCCCCAUGCCAAGCAAAUCGUACUGCAACACAACAUGCAAUAUUAUGGCAUUGAACUUGAAACACAAAGAAGAACCACUUAACAAGUUGUUUUAUAUAGUGUCAGAUUACUGGUCUACCGAGCGCAUUACUAGUCCUUUCUACACCCACAGCCUCUUGCCACUUUAUCCCAUUUCUAGAUCAGAUUCAAGAAAAACAACAACUAUGGGCCAGUUCAGCCAUCCUGGGGCCCAUAUUCCCAGGAAAACUAGCCAUGGGUUCUGACCCCAGUUAUGUUUAUGGUUCUUCAGUAGCCGCUCCUGAGAAUACAGUGGCUGGGAAAGGUGACACCGUGAACUGGUAUCGGGAAGCCAUAACAAGAGAUGUGCCAGAUUGCAAUAUAUAUGCCCCCCGUUUAUGUGCAUCUAUUUAGCCAAUUGUAAAAUACUAUUCUUCCUGUAACAAAUGUGUGAACUAGAUUGAUUAAGCAUCUUCCGUCUGUGCACACUUUAAGACAUGGAAUAUUAGUAUUGUUAGAUACAGGUAGUGAUUUGGGUAUUGGAAUAUAUAGAUGGUUAGGUGACUAGUAGAAUGCCUUAGUUAUAUUUAGGCAAAUUAUUUAUUAAUUUAUCAUUUAUUAAAUUUGUAUACCGCCCUAUACACUCAGGUAUCAAAAUAAUUAAUUGUAAAAGUGGCCCAGAAUUGAAUAUAAAUGAUGGGGAUGUCCCACGCCUCUGAAAUGAACGGUAAAUAGAAGUGGAUAUUCCUCUGCCUUGUGCAAUACUGUAACUGGGUUUAGGCACCUAUAUUGUGGCGCCUGUAGGAAAAACUAGGACAUAAUAUGUUGAUGCUAUUGACUGUUUCUCUCCUUCUCAAUAUAGGAAGGUGUGAGUAUAAAUAAAUCCCUGUUAACUCUGGGGAAAGUUAUUUCUGCACUGUCUGAGCAAAAUCAGAGCAGGAAGAAGGUGUUCAUUCCAUACCGUGAAUCUGUUCUUACAUGGUAUGUACAUUAUUUUGUGUGCCAUAACAGCUUUUUUUUAAAAAAGCUUCAUUUUUUGUAGCGAUCCUUUCUUUCUUGGCAGCACUGAAUUAUUAUCAAAGUUAACAGAUCUUCAUAGAAACACAGCCUUUAAUGGUAAAAAAUGGAAUUAGAUCCAGUUAUGUCCCACAUUAAUCAAACCACUCUUCCCCCUCUCCACCCAUUCAUUUUGGUCCUCUGCUUUUCUAUUUCCUGACAAUGGAACUGAGCUAAUUUUCAAAGUGAUUUUGAUUGAUCCCGGAGGGCAUAAAACUACAACUGGUAGAGUACAUUUACACUGGUACCUCUGGAUGUGAAUGGGAUCCAUUCCGGAGCCCCGUUCACAUCCUUAAGCAAACGUAACACGCGACUGUGUGGGUCGCGUUUCGCUGCUUCUGCGCAUGUGCGUGAUGUCAGUUUGAGCGUCUGCACAUGCGCGAGUGGUGAAACCGCGGAGCACAACCCGAAAAUAUUCAUCCCGAAGCUACUUCAACCCGAGGUAUGACUGUACUUUAUUCUCAACUGGUUAUUCUUGCAUAUAGGAAAAAAAAUGGAUAAUGGAUAAUAAUAUUUGGGGCCUAUUUCCACUAGCACCUUCAACUAAUAUCUGUGGGAAAGGCACUGCUUUUAAGCCAGCUAGUGCUUAGACUUCUGAGUUCUGAAGGCCCCCCAAAACAUUCCUUUCUUCAACACUAGGGGUGGUGGAGUGAGGCAUGCAUUCUUUGGCCCGGGCUGCACCGUUUCCUGAACAAGUCUUUGGGAAACAGCCCAGGCCAAGCUGAAUGAAGUACACCUAACAGUUGUGCACCACCUUUGACUUUUGCUGCAGUCCCCCCACAGUUUUCUCAGCACUUUGGGGAGAGUUAGUCAAGAGGCCUUUGUAGUGGUGCACACACCUCUGGGUAUCUGCCUGUUCCAGUACUGGGAGGGAUGGUAAGUUUAUGAGUUACGCUUCCCAACUCUGUUCUGAUGAGAAGAUGCCCCCUGUAAAAAACCAUUGGUGUUGUCCCAGAGUCCUUUGGUCCACCCUUUCUGCUAAUGCUGGCAGGAGUCCAAGGGGAAGUGGAAGGUGAAUGGUGACAUGUUGUUUGGAGGCAGGGAACCAAUUGGGUAGAGAGGUGAAUGACCUGGAUCUGAUUCCACAGGUGAAGAACUUAGGCAUCCUUAUUCUAAUCUACAUAAAGAAUUGGAUCCUGCAAAAUGCUCAAAACAUGUACUGUACUUUGUUGUCUCUUCAGAGAAUAUAGUCUUAAAAUAAAUCCAGACUGGGGAAAACCAUUUAUUUUCUUUCAAAUGUAGGCUGUUAAAGGAAAGUCUUGGUGGAAACUCGAAAACUGCUAUGAUUGCCACAAUUAGCCCUGCCGCAAGCAAUAUAGAAGAAACGCUGAGUACCCUUCGAUAUGCUAAACAAGCUUGUUUCAUAAUCAACAUUGCCAAAGUCAACGAAGACAUAAAUGCAAAACUAAUCCGAGGUAAGCCUGAGAACUAUUUUGCUUCUUGACGAAAUAGCCCUAUGCCAAGUUGUUCCUAGAUUUCUUACAAAGUAUACACUUACUAAGAGGAAGUAAUUCAAAAGAAAGCUGCAUCAAUUUAUGGACAAAUGCUUGCAAUUGAAAUCCACAAAAAUGGCAAGAAUCAUUAUUUUAAUGGUAAUGUGAUGAAAUUGCCUCGGUGCAUUGCUCCAUAGGCUUUCUAUCAAAGGGAGGAACCUAUUGUGCUUAUUGGUAGCCGGGAGUGCAAAAUACUUUCAAACAGCUCAGAAGUGAUCACAGCUCCCUGACAAGCGUGUCUGUAUGUUACAUGUUUGCAAAUAUGUUUUUUUACAUUCAUACUGUACAUUUUUAGGUGUAUAGUUGAUAUACUGCAUUUUAAAAAAAAUAAAUACUUGAAUUUACUCAAUAUGCAGGUAACUUAAAUUGCAAACAUUGUGGGUAGGAUUCAUCUAACAAACCCUGUCAGCAAAAGCCCUGCACAAGGACUUCCACUUGCAAAAUGGGUCUUCCCCCUGUGUUCCACCAAAUCGGCUGGGGAGGGCAGAAGAACUCCCAGAACAGCACAGAGGGGGAGGAGAGUAGAUCCAUUCCACCUGGCAAGCUGAAAUGCUUGUGCAGAUAUAACAUUUGUCACUGUGAGACUCAUAGAUGCCAAUCCAGAAUAUUUGCUAAUAUAAGAGAUGCCAUUUUGACUAGCUGCUGAACUCUCUUGUUAAAUGUAGAAUUGAAAGCUGAAAUUGAGAAACUGAAAUUGGCUCAGAAAAAUGCUCAGAAUGUUGACCCUGAAAAACAAAAGCUUUAUAUGCAAGAAAUAACAUCUUUAAGAGUGAAGCUAUACCAGCAAGAGAGGGAGAUGGCAGAGAUGCAAAGGUACUGGUACUUGAUGUCUUCUCAAAAAUACAGACUGCUAAGGGAAGGUUCCCCUCUACUUUUUUUGACUAUUGAAAUAUAAUCUAUACAGUUAAUUGUGCAUUGUUGCAUAAAGAUUGCACAUAAAUAAUAACUAAUUAAAUAAAUAAUAAUAACAAUGUUGGGGCCAGACUGUUUAACUCAAAUUGAUAGUUUUAACAUUCACCUAAGCAAUUAUUGAUUUAAGACUCCUCUUAUAUAUUUCCAGUGAUCUUAGUAAAUUUCCUGUUAUGCAAAUAUAAUGAUGGUUUUUUAAUUGCUUAAACUUUGUUUCCAAUAGUGUGUAAGGAUAUAAAUAUUAUUCAGUGGUAACUCAAUUCUUCUCUAGAUUAUGUAUCCCUUUUGUUAGCCUUAGAAUUACAUUUGCGAAACGAUAAUAAGCUGAACCACCAUUUUAUUUCCCCUGGUAAAUAAAGGGCCUGGAAAGAAAAACUUGAACAAGCAGAAAAAAAGAAAUUUGAGGAAACAAUGGAGUUACAGGUACCAUUUUUCAAGUAAAUUCAAUUGUGGAUGCAAAAUAAUUGUUUUCCCAAGUGUCAUUCUUCUUCCUUACCUGCAUCAUAUUCCUACAACAGCAAAUGAACAAAAAGUUGCUUUCAUUUGCGUGCAAUAUGUAAUGUUCUGAAUCUUUUAUUUUAGAAAGCUGGCAUUACAUUCAAGGUUGACAAUAGUUUGCCUAAUUUAGUCAAUCUCAAUGAAGAUCCCCAGCUCUCUGAGAUGUUGCUAUACAUGAUCAAGGAAGGACAAACAACAGUUGGGAAAUGCAAGCCAAAUUCACGUCAUGAUAUUCAGCUGUCUGGUGUCCUGAUUGCCGACGACCAUUGGUAGGUGUUUCUCUAAAUUAACAAAUAAUGAUAAAUGGGUCUUUUGCUCUGCACGAUUCCUCUGGUUAAUAUGCAGCUCCACUGAAAUAAAUAGGCGCAUUAGCUUGUGUAGAUUUAUAAUCCAGGCUAAAACAAAUUUAGCUGAAAGUAAAUGGGGCAGAAUUCGUGUGUUUAGGUUGACAGAUUAGGAUGGUGAUUAGACAGAUUCAUGGAGGGAUAAGUUUAUCAAUUGCUACUAGUCAAGGUUAUAGGAAACUUCCAUAUUAAGAGGCAGUGUGCCCUUCAAUACCAAUUGCUGGCAAGCAACAAUGGACGAGGGCUUACGGAUUUUUCUCAAGCAUUUAGUUGCCAGCUGUAGGAAACGGGAUGCUGCACUAGAUGGAGGUGAAAAACACUUCCUUCCCAUCCCUACUCAUAUAAGUCUUAUGCAGCAUAAUUUCUCUUGUGCCCUCAUGUUAUAUUUGUAAUGCAGCAUAAUCAUUUUUUAAAAUCCUAUUUGUUUUCAAGCAUAUUGGCUAUUGUGCUGAAGCAUGAACGAAGCUAUGAUCCAAAGAAACUAGUUACGUGAAUGCAAAGAAGUUAAAACUGCUUCUUCCUCUCUUCUCUCCCCCACCCCCGGCAGCAGUUUCUCAUGUGGAAAGCCUUUGAAACACAGGCUUGUUUCCAAAGUAGGAUGUCAUGAUGUGGCAAAGGGGUCAAAAAUUCAAUUGGGGUAGGAAUCAGCUGUUUGAUUCCUGGUAUACGUGUGUAUCCCAAAGUGAUUUGUCACACUUUUCCUUACUUGAAGCUUUACUGAUAAUAACAUAUUUCUUAUUUGUAGUAUUAUCAAACACAUGGAUGGUGUUGUGAGUAUUAUUCCACUGGGAGGAGCGAAUACAUACGUUAAUGGAAAAUGUAUUUCAAGCCCUACAUUUCUCCAUCAUGUGAGUUGGUUUGAACAGAGAUUUAUUUGCAUGUCAAAUUGGGACAGAAGUUUAAAUUCAUGUGUCAUAUGCUGGUUUAGUGUAGAUUUUGAAUGACUAAGCAUGAUAUUAUUUGAUGUCACUCAUGUGCAGAAGCGCUUGCAUGCAAACACACACACAAAAAAUCAUUUUUAACAUGCACCAAACAUAUAUCUUGGAUUUUUUUAGGGUGACCGUGUCAUUCUUGGAGGAGACCACUAUUUUCGGUUUAAUCACCCAGUAGAAGUUCAGAAAGUCAAAAGUCUUUCUUGUGGCACUUCUCUUCCUGAGGACGGUCCAAGUGGCUUUGAAUUUGCAAAGAAUGAAUUGCUGGCUUCACAAAGGGCUCAGUGAGUACUAGUAGAAAUUCUGACUUAAAUGGUAAAUGUGUAUUACAGUGGUGCUUCGCAAGAUGAAAUUAAUUCGUUCCGCGAGUUUUGUCGUCUUGCAAUUUUUUUCGUCUUGCGAAGCACGGUGUCGGGAAAGUUUUGGAAAAGCUUCAAAAAUCACCAAAGUCUUUAAAAACCUCAAAAAAAGGCUACCACACCGCGUUCUAUGAGUUGCUCCUGGAAGUCAAGUCGCAACUGUAUUAACGGUGUUAAGAAAAGGAAACAAACUUGCAAGACGUUUCCGUCUUGCGAAGCAAGCCCAUAGGGAAAAUCGUCUUGCGAAGCAGCUCAAAAAACAAAAAACCCUUUCGUCUAGCGAGUUUUUCGUCUUGCGAGGCAUUCGUCUUGCGGGGCACCACUGUACUUCUUGUGUGUGACAUGAAUGUUGCACCCUGGUUUUUAGAACUUUGAUUUUUGUAUAGGUUGGAGACACUAAAAUGAACAAACAUUUACUUUCUAUGUAAGAAAGGUGUCUUACGGAAUUCCUACCAACAUCUAGAAAUCCUGUUGCCACUAAAAGCUUAAGUUUAGAUAGCUUAAAGCCCACUGUUGCUCUUAGAGCUGAUAUGGUAAGUUUUAUUGGUGUUCGUGCAAAAAUUAGCAUUAAAUUUUGUUAUGGUGCUAACAGGAAUAUAGCAAAGCGAUGAGUGGCAAGACGAGUUACGUACAUUACCUUAUAGCCUUCCGUCAUGUUAUCUUUGGAACAAAUGGGUCUCCUAAUAGCAGAAAAAAAGUACGUUUAAAUUUGAAAAACUAAUCUCUUCACUUUUGGAAAAGUAGUGAGUUUCAGACUUGCAUUUAUACUGUAAUGUAGGUGAAAGGAUUGUUUAAAGGUCCUGCACAGCAUAUUAAGAUGAUUGAAGCUCCUACUUUUGGGUGUGCAUAUGUUUGGGGAUUGGAAAGAGUAUCUAAGCUGCAAUCCUGCACCCUCUUACCUCAGAAUAAGCCCCAUUGAACUCACUGGGUCUUACUUCUGGGUAGAGAUAUAUAGGAUAGUGGUAUUAAUGACUUGGGAUAACUAGUGUGUUUCUGUACUACUUUUCUUUUGUGUUAAAAAAAAUGCUAUAGAAAACUAGCCAUAGCUAGUUGGAUAUAGGUUUUAUCAGUUAACUUGGUUUUUAAAACACCCUGUAGACUUGAAUCAGAAAUAGAAGAAGCACGUCUGAAAGCUAAGGAAGAAAUGAUGCAAAGUAUCCAAAUCGCAAAAGAAAUGGCCCAAGAGGAACUUAGUUCUCAGCAGAAAAUUUAUGAGAGCCAGAUAAAAUCAUUAGAAACACAGCUGGUGAGUAAUUAAUAAGUAUUUUAAAUACACUUGAUCCCAUAGAAAGUGACACUGAAUGGGGAGGAUAGGGUUACAUUGCUAUCUCCAUCAAAAGAUGUAACUGCUCCGCUUAAGAGGCCUGCAUGUACACUGCGGUCUAGAUGAGGAUAUACAUUCAAAUGUGUAUCCCUGCUUAUACAGACGGUCUGCAUUAGAGACUUCAUUGAGGAUGGAAAGGAAUAAAUAAAUAUGCACAGGACAGUUUUUCAUGGUACAUCACCUCUCUGUCCUGAAGCUGGAGGCUAAUGGAGUGAAAUCCACUUACAUUCUAGUAGUUUACUAUAACUGGUUGUGAAUUGGGCUGUUAGAGAAUGGCACCUAGUUUUUUUUUAUUAAAACCUUUUUAGAAUCAUAGAAUUGUAGAGUUGGAAGAUUAAGAGUCUCAUGCUCUUCAAAGUGAGCUGUCCCUAAGAAGAAGAGUUUGGACUUGAUAUCCCGCCUUUCACUCCCCUGAAGGAGUCUCAAAGCGGCUAACAAUCUCCUUUCCCUUCCUCCCCCACAACAAACACUCAGUGAGGUGAGUGAGGAGUGGGGAAUUGAACCCGGUUCGCCAGAUUACGAGUCCACCGCUCUUAACCACUACACCACACUGGCUCUAACUGAAUCAAUUGACACAAUCCGGCUGUUAUGUCUUCCUACCAGCUAAUUUCAUUUCCUAAUGACAGUAGCUCAACUGUGAAUAUUCUGGGAUCUUGGUUCCCAACACUAUCCUAUACUACAUAUAUGUAUGUAUGCAUGUAUGCAUUUGGCGUAUUUUUAGGUCAUCUUUUAGGGCCAAGCUCUCCCAAGGUGGCUUCCAACAUAUAACAUCUCCGCCAAGCUAAGCAGUUGGCCCCUUAUCUCUCUCGCCCUGACCUAGCCACUGUGAUCCACGCGACGGUCACCUCCAGACUGGAUUAUUGUAACUCGCUCUACGUGGGGCUGCCCUUGAGACUGACCCAGAAACUCCAGCGGGUGCAGAAUGCCGCGGCGAGACUCCUUACGGGGUCUUCGCUGCGAGAUCACAUUCAUCCGGUACUAUACCAGCUGCACUGGCUCCCGGUGGAGUACAGGAUCAGGUUUAAGGUGCUGGUUUUAACCUUUAAAGCCCUAUACGGCCUAGGACCCUCGUACCUACGGGACCGCCUCUCCUGGUAUGCCCCACAGAGGAACCUACGGUCUGCAAAUAAAAACAUCCUGAAGGUCCCAGGCCUCAGAGAGGUUAGGCUGGCCUCAACUAGAGCCAGGGCUUUCCGGCUGCGGCUCCAAUCUGGUGGAACGCUCUGUCACAAGAGACUAGGGCCCUGCGGGACCUGACAUCUUUCCGCAAGGCCUGCAAGACAGAGUUGUUCCACCAGGCCUUUGGUCAGGGCCCAGCCUGACUCUCUCCUCUGGCAACCUGCACAGAACUUUGCUUAACGGUUGCCAUUAAUUUGAUUUUAAUUAAUUUUUAUAAUGAAAUGUUUUAGAAUGUUGGAUUAUUUGAUUGUUUGAUUAUUUGUUUGUUGUUAGCCGCCCUGAGCCUGGCUUUGGCUGGGGAGGGCGGGAUAUAAAUAAAAUUUAUUAUUAUUAUUAUUAUUAAAACCCACAAAUAUAGUUUAUUCAGGAAGGAAAAAGAUAUCUUUCUUCUUCCUCAUCUUUCUAAACCUCUUCCCCACUGUAAUAUAUAGCAUCAGAGUGUUCAGAUUAGGUGCUGGCUUCUGAAAAAGGAUGAGCAUACUCAGUCCUCAGUUUCAGCUCAGCUUUAGAACUUUUUUCUUUUUAAUUUGCAAAUUAUUUCUGCGCGUUUGAAUUGUCUCUGAGUAUACCCAAAGCACUGUCACUACCUUGUCUGGAGGUGGUCCAGGAAUGUCUGGAAAUCUGAAGAAAAUAGAGUGAGAGAGAAAAUGAAAGAGCUUCCAAGAUUUUUGUGAAAUGUGAGUGUGUGUUUAUGUGAGCAAGUAAAGAAUAUUGCUUUUUCUGGGGCAAUGGUUUUGCUUGGGUCAAGCAUAUUUUUUGUUAUUGGCACAUAUUAUUAAUUCUUUUGUUUUCUUAGGAAGAAGAAUCCCGGAGGAAACAACUGCAGGAAAUGAAUAAUAAAAUAGCUGUAAACAAAAUUCAAGAGCUGGAGCAAGCAAAACGGGGCCUUGAGCUAGAGGUACACGUAAACAAGAAGCGCUUGGAAAUGGAGACAUUGGCUGCCAGGGAGGUAAAUUUUAAAAACGAAACCUAAAACCUAGCAUCUUGUCUUAUCAAUUGGACAGUGUACCGUGAUCUAGUAUUGCUUCUCUGAAUCUAUACAUUUCUAUGCAGCAUAACUCCAAGAAACUAUGUCGCAGGCGCCCUCUAGCUCUACCCUUUCAUGAGAUCGACUGAUAUUUGGGAAAUGAUAGUUUAUAUAACUUUGGGUGCUCUGCUGAUGUGCCUGUUACAGCAAUGGAAGGCAUCCCUCGAAGCUGUGUUGUGUAAUCACUCUUUGCAAUGUAAAAUAUUUGCAAUCAUAUUGGAAGGAAACUAAGACCUCUUUUUAAAAUUGUGCUUGGCAAAUGUGAAGAUUAUAGAAAAUGGCAUAUCUGUCCCUGUGAAUGGAGUAUUAACUUAGCUGAGGAUUAAUAGUUGCAAGUUUGGUCUGAGUCACUUUUACGUAACUUUUAAAAAAAGAAAAAAGAUCCGCUUUGCUGAAUCAGAUCAUAGUUGGCUAUACCUCUGGAAAGUUGUAAGCAUGGCAUAAAAGUGAUGGCCAUCCCUUGUAAUUGUCAUUUUGCCCCCAGCAGCUGGUACUUAGAGGUUCCGUGCCUUAGAUAAAAUCAUCCUAGUUUUAAUUAGUUGUUUUCUAAAAUCAGUUUUAUAAGUUUGUGCUUUCCCCCUCAAGCCUAAAUGGAAGGAGCAUUGUUUCACGGCUAUCUUUGUGUACUGUGUGUGUUUUGAGGGUAAUGGAUAAGGCAAGGUAACUAAUAGAAUUUAUUUCAUUUAGGAUCAACAGCCUGAACUGAAUAUUAUGUGUAUGGUCUCAGAAGCUGUGCAGCUUUUGCUGAAAAAUCUCAUAAUCCCUUGCUUUGUGGUAGGUUUUAGAAGAUCAUGUCAUUCGCCGUGCCAAGAUUCUAGAAGCUCUAGAAGCUGAGAAGCAGAAAAUUGCUCAGGAAGUGGCAAUGCUUCAGCAGACUCAUGGAAACAGAAAUAAAGGUAUGGUUACAUUAUUAUAUACAGCUAAGGGACGCGGGUGGCGCUGUGGGUAAAACCUCAGCGCCUAGGACUUGCCGAUCGCAUGGUCGGCGGUUCGAAUCCCCGCGGCGGGGUGCGCUCCCGUCGUUCGGUCCCAGCGCCUGCCAACCUAGCAGUUCGAAAGCACCCCCGGGUGCAAGUAGAUAAAUAGGGACCACUUAUCAGCGGGAAGGUAAACGGCGUUCCGUGUGCAGUGCCGGCUCGCCAGAUGCAGCUUGUCACGCUGGCCACGUGACCCAGAAGUGUUUGCGGACAGCGCUGGCUCCCGGCCUAUAGAGUGAGAUGAGCGCACAACCCUAGAGUCGGACACGACUGGCCCGUACGGGCAGGGGUACCUUUACCUUUUUAACUGUAUGGUGGUUAACCACAAACUAACGUAAGAGUGUCUACAUAAAGACUUUUCUUUCAACAGGAAUCCAGGAAGGCCCUCUUCAUCUCUGUGUUGAAAAUAUAUCUUCUCCUUGCAACUAGGGAGAGAGGGCCUACUGGUUUUUUAAGGGUUUAUAUAUUUGCUUGUAGUGUUCGAAACUCCCAGUGUUCUAGGUGCAUUUUGUGACAGGGAAUUUCAUUAGCGCCAGCAAUUUCUGAGCUCUGGGCGCAGUACAGUGCCUAAGAUUUCAGAGUAAAACUGCAGAGUGGAAGGAAAGGAGGACCUUUUUCUGCCUCCCCACUUCCAGCUACUCCAGCUGAAGACUGGAGAAGAGACCCUCUUAAGAAUAUUAGGGGGGCGGGCAGGGGAAGGACUAGACCAUGUGAAGAAUGAACGAAAUAUUUUAGCUGCAGUUCAUUCAUUUUCAGCUUUGUAUUCUUGUUAUAGAAAUGUACACCUUGACAUUCCCUUGUUGCGCCCAUAAACUAGGUUUUAGGUACCAUUUGGCUCCUAGUUUUCAUAUCUCAGUUUCUAACACUGUUUGCUUGGAGAGCUACCCUUUUUAAAAAACACAAAACCCCCCAUCACAUUUCUUAUCCAUUCACUUGGGAGCUUUUGAAUAUACUACUUUUCAGUUUCUUUCCAAACCUGUUAUGAGAGCAGACUUGGGAGGGUGCAGUAUGAAAUUAUACAGUAUGGGUGGACAAUAGCCUAAAUGUUUUUGUGCAUUCCUCAUAGAUACAAAAGUCAUCCUGUCCUGUCCUGUCCUGUCCUGUAUGGAAUUUAAAAAGAAUUUCAGGGAUUACCAAUUCAAUGACUGAUUGCAUAAUUAUUAACUAGUAAUUACAGAAAAAGUCCAUUAUCUUUUUCUUUGAAAAAUAUAUAUUUAGCAGAGCCAAACUGGAAUUCUUUGAAGCUGUCCAUGAUGAUCAAGGAGGCCAACACUAUUAGCAGUAAAUUGGAGAAACACACAGUUUUUUGUAGGUAAGUAUUUUAACUAAAAUAUUAGAAGUGGUGCUGCAUAUGCUUUUUAUGUUCUGUGAUUUGAUGACUUCCUCUGAGUAAUCAAAUAUAGCAUUUCUGAUAAGAACAUAUAGUUCUUAAAAAAGAAAAGGAAAAAAGAGGGGGAAAUGUGAUUCUGGAAGGACAAGGGUUUAGUGAAAAUUCAGUGAGAUUUCCUGUACUCGUGUUUUUUUCUGAAAAGGCUAACAUAAUGUUCCUGGCUAGUUGCAGGCUUUUUCAUUCCAAAAUCAAGCACCUAUUUGUAAGGUGUUUUGUCUUGUAAUCUGUGUGUAAAAUACCCCACCACCACAGAAAGAUAAUGGUAAUCAAGGGACACGUCCUGUAAUUACAGAUACUUCAUGUUCUGGGAGUAAAUUGAUUUGUUUGUUCCAUCAGGCAUGAUGCAAUGGAUAAUAAAAAUGGUCCUGGCCAUUCCCUUCAAGUUCAAGUCCGUAACAUCAGGCUUGGUGUUGCAACAUUCUGGAGUUUGGAAAAAUUUGAAGAUAAAUUGGCUGCAAUGAAAGAAGUCUAUGAGGUUUGUUUGGGAAUAAAACAUUAUUUGCUUCCUAAAAUAUUGCUUUUUAUGAGAAAGAGGCAGUUUUAAAAUUGGAUUAAAUCUGAUUUAAAAGACACUGCAUCCAGUAUAAGUACCUGUCCAUGUUGCCAAAGGCUGCUGACUCAGAACUGGUUGGGUGUCAGUGUCCCUGGAACCCAGUGAACGGUUUGGUUUCAACACUUCACAGAACAGCCUAUGGCUGUAGGGGAGGGCAGAAGUCAGUGACCUCAAGCUGGGGAUUUGGAGAGCGACAGAGGCAAGGGAGGAGGAGCAAACAGUGGUGGAACAGAGAAAGAUCUGGAGGAAAAAUGUUUAGAAAAGGUAGUGCAGCGAAGCAUGGAGAAAGAAGGUGUUUGCAGGAAAGCCUAGCUGCUGAGGAUUUAGCCAAAGGAUCAGGGGUGUAGUGGAGAGAGAGAGAGAGAGAGAGAGAGAGAGAGAGAGAAGAUUGGAGAACCUCCCCCUUCUGGUCCAAACUUCAGUCCCUAUCCUGAUGUUAAGGGAUGGUAAUAUCUUUUUCUUCUUGUGCUGCCCACAUAACAGACUUUGUUUUGGAGCUAGCAGCCUUUUUCCAGAUUGAUGAAGGUUUUAGGCCUUCCCUUGUCCAACACCUUUAAUGAAACGGGUUUCUUUCCAUUCCAGACGAACAAUACUAACAAAGCUGAUGAGAUUUUUUAUGAUCCCACUGAUGAAUGGGAACCUGAUUUUUCAAAUGCAUCCAUCUCUUCUAUUUCUUCAAGGAGGUAAAUAAUUUCUAGGUUGAAUUUAAUGUUAGAUUCUGCCUCUUUACAAAAAAUAUAGAGAGAGAAGUAUAUAUAAAUAGUGAGUGGAAAGGAAUUAUAACCCUUUAGGGAUGCUUAUAGGUAGUUCAGUAACUACACCUGCAAAAAAAUUAAUAUUUUGGUAAUGUAGUAAUGAUGGGAAGCUUAACUUCUUAGCCUCCUCCGCAAAACAGGACAAAGCAAGAAAUGCCUGUGCAGAAUCUCCCAUCAAGACUGAUCUUUCCCCACCCCCUUCAUUGGGGUAGCCAAGGUUUCUGCUGGGGGAGCCAGUACAAGCCCAGAUUAAUAUAUUUAGAAAGGGAUGGUUUCCAGCGUCCUUUGAACUGUUGCUGUGUUCAUCCUCCAGUAGCAAGAUAAAUGAAUAGUGUUUCUCACUAGAAACCAGAUAUAAAUAAAUGUAUGCAUGAGUUUCAGAAAAUUAGUGGAAGCCACAAAAGUUUAAAAACACCUGUCCUGCUUUGUUUUCUCCCCCUCCAUUUCUUGGUCAAUUUCGAUAGAAGUUUGAGGAGGAGCAAAAGAAUUUCUGGAUGUUUGUCUGAGGUAAAGAUGAGACUGCACAAUUCAUACCUAUCAGGUGUGUAUGCACUUAUAAUCAUGUCACCUUCAAAAGCUAUAUUUAAUGUUGCAUUCAUUUUUAGUGGUUUGCAAUUUUUCUUAAAAAACUAGUUGUUUUGUAAAGUAUUCCCAUAUUUAUAGGGGAUAGUGUUCCUUUAUAUAUUUUUGCCAGGUGUGCAGCAACACGUGAGAGGGCAUUCUCAAUAUUGGCACCCUGGUUGUGGAAUGCCCUCCCUUCACAAAUUUGACUGGUGAGUUUUUGGUGCCAUUUGAAAGCACACUUAUUUACCUACACUUUUGGUCAAACCAGAUGUGGAGUAGGCAACCUGACCUUGAUGAUUUGUCAGUUUACUGUAUGCAAUGAUGAGCUGGUUUUACUGGUAAUAUUUGCUUACUUUUUAUAUUGUAACUUGUUUUGGGAUCAAUUUUAAUGAAGAACAAUAUAUAAAUCAUUUCAUUAAAGAAAUAUAUCUUGCUCUCUUUCAAGUCAUAUUUAGUUUUAUAUUAUUUAUUAUUAUAUCAUCAUCAUUAUUUACAAAGAGCAAACCUGCUUUUUCAAAAGGGCUCUACUUAUUUGUCAUAGUUCCGCUCUGUACAGUAUUUUAAAAAGUAGGGCAAGAGAUCCAUCAGGAUGCUGACUUAUUCUCACUCAGUGGAGGAGUGGAGCAUACAGGAAAGGGUUAAUCUCUUCUAGAAGGUACAGUCAAAACUAGACUGAUUUCUAGACUAGACCCCCUGACUUCUGUAAGGGAAGUUAACCCUUUCCUGUAUGCUUCACUCUCAGCUAACUAGAAGAGCACUUCACAAUUAAGUCCAGUUUUCCAUUUUGUCUAACUAUACGUAUGCCUUCAUCACACUGUUCUGUCAUCACAGACUCAGCAAAUAAAUUGGGCAGCCUGGGCUCAGACCUACCUGAAUCAUCUCUACCUGGCAUAUGUAAGGAACUGAUAGAUUCAGCUUUGGAUGUCUUGGGACAGACUACAGAAGAGGAAGAGAGCAUAGCACAAAGCCUUUUAGCAACAUUGUUUAACGUUUAUGCUGGAGUCUCUGCUUUGAUAAAGGCUUAUGAGCAAGCUGAACAAAGUCAAGAGAACUGUAAGUCCUAUUGCUGAGUUAGUAGCCCCUUUUUGAGUUCUAGCUUUGAACCUCAUAUAAUUUAUUUACAAGUGCACAUUUCCUUCAGUCCAGAAUAAUUUGCCUCCUUUCUAUCUUUUCAGUUUUCACUGUUAACUAUACUGCUCAGUCCUGCAGCAUCAAGAUUAGUUCAGCUUUCGAACAGCUUGUUGUUCUAACCAAGCACUGGCUGAACAGUUUUCGAAAAAAUGAAGAAUUUGUAAUGAUUCAUGUUGAAGUAAGGGAGAGUGUAAAACACCUGGGAGCAUAUCUGCAAUUGCUCUUACGGGUAAGUUUUCUUGUUAUGGCCAUCCUUUAGGAAUGAAAGAGAACAAUUGGAAGUACAGUCGUACCUUGGAAGUUGAACGGAAUCCAUUUUAGAAGUCCGUUCAACUUCCAAAACGUUCGGAAGCCAAAGGGCGGUUUCUGAUUGGCUGCAGGAAGGUCCUGCAGACAAUCGGAACCCGCGGAAGCCCCGUCGGACGUUCGGUUUCCAAAACUAGUUCACUUCCAGGUUUGCGACAUUCGGGAGCCAAAAUGUUCAAGAACUAAGCUGUUCAAAAACCAAGGUACGACUGCAUUGGCCAAAACUGUAUUAUCUAUCAGUGUACAUUGCAAAUAUUAUGAUGUCAUGUUUCUGAUGCUGGAACAAGACUAUACUGUUGUCACAAUAUGAAUAGGAAUGAAUCAUAAAGAUGCAUGCAACAACUGUAUUUUUGUUUUCUCAGGGUGGUUGCUCAGAUUUGUCUUCAGUAGUAGUAGAAGCACAAAAGAAAAUAAUGCAGAUGUUGAAACAAAUGGCAAAAUACACAGGACACUUGGUGGUACUUACUGGCUCAGAUCUACAUCUUUCUGCAGAAAAUAAAAGUGAUGCAAGCAACCCAAAGGUAAGAGAGACAGAGACAGAGGUGUCUGGUUCACAUGUCACAGUAAGCCAAACCAUGGUUUUGCAAAUCUGUGGAUAAAAGGAUCUGAUAGGGUGGGCGCAAAACAAUGGAUAAAGAAAGUACAGUGGUACCUCUGGUUGUGCAUGGCAAAAUGACGUGACGUCAUUUUGCACGUCUGUGCAUGCGCGAGCUGCAAAACCCAGAAGUAACGCUUUCCGGUACUUCUGGGUCGCCGCGGGAUGCAACCUGAAAAGACGUAACCUGUGAAGCUAAUGUAACAAGAGGUAUGACUGUACCAACAGACCACUGUAGGGAUGGGGAAUCUGUGGCCCUUUCAGAUGAUGAGACUUCUAAAAACUGUAACUGGCUUAAUUUUUUUUUGAAAAAUCUCUUUUUGUUUUCAGAAGCAGUUUAUACCAGACAUCUAUGAUGGAAUGGUCUCUGGACUGGAACACCUUUUAAACUGCAUACAGAAAAAAUCUAGGGCAAUGUGGAACGAACUCUUAAAAUGGUAUCCACAAAAUGAGGUGAUGUGGGGAUAAUUAUAAACUAUCCUUUAUGCAUGAGGAGGGAAGCAUAUUUUUUACUAUGUCACAAAUUUAAUAGUGCCGUUUUAAGCUUCACGCUGUUUAUAUUUGCAACUGGUGAUUUUCAUUACAGACUUGUGUAUAUAUAAUCAGCAUUUGCACUACACUUUUUCUCACAGCUACACAUACCACAGAAACACUUAAAACACAUGGCAUAAUGAAACUGUUGACUGCUUAAAGGUUAAAUGGCUUCUUUAAACCAGUGUGUCUGCUACAAGGGCAGUAGAUUAAACCAAAACCAAAACCAGAAUGCUGUCUGUAGUGAACAAUAUUUCAUUUUUUUUGUAUUGGUCUUUGCUGCCUUGGCAGACAGACUAUAGCAUUAAGAGGGGAUAACUAAAGUGUUAAUCUUAAAUGCAUGGAAACUCUCUGUUUAAUUAUGCUGUAAAAUUAACAAGGAAUCAUAAGUGGCAAAAUGGGAAGCAUUUUUCUUAUUACAGCUGAUAUUCCAAAAUAUAUUGUCCAAGAUGCAAAAUGCUACUACAGUGGUACCUUGGUUCUCGAACUUAAUCCGUUCUAGGAGUUUGUUCAACUCCCGAAACCAUUCGAAAACCAAGGCUGCAGGAGCUUCUUGCACUUAAUCGGAAGCUGCAGAAGGCGCGUCAGAUGUUUGGCUUCCAAAAAACAUUCGCAAAACGGAACACUUCUGGGUUUGCGGUGUUCGGGAGCCGAUUUGUUCGACACCUAAGCCAUUCGGGAACCAAGGUACCACUGUACUGGCAAUGCUCAGUAGAAUGUGUAACUUUUUUUUUUUUUUAAGGAUUUGACAUCCCAGAGCUCCAUUGCCACAAUGCAUUUCGGGUGUCCUGUUUCAAAAGUGGUAUACAAGGUGGCAUAGGAGUCUGUGGUUCAAUAUAUAUUUUAUCUGAAUAAUAUUAAGAUAGAUUUUCAGGUUUUAAUCGUUAUCAAGUUUUAUUUGUGGUGACAUGAAUUCUCGGUUAGUUUGCCAUCUAAACCAAUGGUCUGUUUAUACAUAAGAGUCUAUUUCACAUACACAAAGAACACACACACUAAGCCACACCAUUGCUUAGUGUGAGCAAGCAAUCAUGCAGGCUUUCGUUUUGCUCCUCCUUAGGUUGUUCGUUUCCUGCCCUGUGCUAAGCCAUGGGUUUAGCCAAGCAUGUUGUUUGACCCCAGGCUCAUUGUUUUCCUUUCCCAUACAAUUCACAAACUGUAAACCACAGGAGAAACACAAGAGCCCAGGUUAAAAUGGCGCACAAGGCACAGUGCAGCACAGCAGCAGAACAACUGGAGUAGGAACAAAGCAGCCACAGACUCAUAUCUGAGAGCCUACUCAUUAGCACAACCAUGGUUUGCCAUGACAUUGCAUGUAAAUGAGGUCACUGACUGCUGUGAUCCUCUUCAUAUGGUGGUACAGUAGUAGGGGCAACCUUUUAUAUUUUCACUUGCAUUACACACAUUUUGUAAUGUCUGAAACGGGUAUUCUGUGUGGAUAUCCACAUGUGCAAUGCCCCAAUAUACACUUCUCUCCCCUUUCCCUGUUGAUAUUAGAAUAUUACAUUUGUUGGGUGGCAAAGGGGGAUGGGCUCCAGCCACUAUGCUACAUCCCAAACAUUGUACAGGCUGUUAUUCAUGAACCAGGCCAAAGUUUCUAAAUAUCUCAGCUUGUGUUAGAAACUGUUUUAUGUUUAUGGUUUAAAUUUAAGUAGAAUCUAAUUUAAAACGUCUUAACGCUUUUCUUUGCAGGUUCAGAAUCAAAUAAAGACUAAAGCUAUGGAUUUGGCUAAAAUCCUUGAAAAUAUAAUAGCUGGUUGUAAAAAGGUAAACGGAGCUCUUUCUUAGUUACAAUUUUCACUUUCGACUUAGCAGAGUAGUAUAACGUUGCUUACAUAUUACAGUGAAAUUCAAAUGAAAUUAAACAUUUUCCUGUUAUUCUUGAAGUUUGGGCACUCAAAGAGAUAUUUAGACAAUCAAUGCCAAUAUGUAGACAACAAUAAAUGGGUUUUCCAGGAUUUGCUUACAUCAAGGAUGGGAAACCCUGUGGGCCUCUAGAUGUUGCUGCAUUCCAACUGCCAUCAGCCCCAACCAGCAUCACCAAUGGUCAGGGAUGGUGGGAACUGUAGCCCAACAAUAUAUGGAAGGCCAGAAGUUCUCCUUCCUCCAUUUACACGUUAUGGGUUGUAUCCAACUGUCUCACUUUGCGGAUGGAAGACACUUUGAUCCACUUGAGGCUUCUCUCAGUGGAACAGAGAGGCUGGUGCUUCUUGCCAAUCCCCCCGCCCCGCCCCAUCCACAGCCCCAAAUGCACACUCUAUCUCAAAUCUCAUUGGAACAGUGUGGGAGGUAGUGUGAGGGGCCAUAUAGGGAAGGCGGAACUGCAAAAUAAUAAUGAUUAAACAAAAAUGCCUCCCUCCCUGUUCCACUUUAGCAAAAUUUUCUAAGAGGCCCAUGUCAGUGGAAGGACACAAUUGGAUGCUACCCCAUAUAAUUAAUAUAUAUAUAUAUAUAUAUAUAUAUAACACAUAACAGUGUAGGGACGCGGGAGGCGCUGUGGUGUAAACCACUGAGCCUUGGGCUUGCCAAUCGGAAGGUUGGCGGUUCGAAUCCCUGCGACGGGGUGAGCUCCCGUUGUUCAGUCCCAGCUCCUGCCAACCUAGCAGUUCGAAAGCACGCCAAAAAAGUGCAAGUAGACAAAUAGGUACCACUCCAGUGGGAAGGUAAAUGGCAUUUCUGUGCGCUGCUCUGGUUUUGCCAGAAGCGGCUUAGUCAUGCUGGCCACAUGACCCAGAAAAACUGCGGACAAACGUCAGCUCCCUUGGCCACUAAAGCGAGAUGAGCGCCACAACCCCAGAGUCGUUCGCGACUGGACUUAACUGUCAGGGGUCCUUUUUUUACCUAACAAUGUAAUAUGUGAAGAGGGCCAUAUUGGACACAGGUUGCAUCUUUACAGAUCUUUAAAAGACCUACAUAGUUCUUGAAAAACCAAGGCCACUUGUUUUUCAAAAUCAGUAUGAUAGGCAACCCUAAGAGACAGUAUUCUCAGGGAUAAAAUUGUUUUUAUUGUCUGUCAUUUUCUGAAAACCAUUUUCUAAAAUUGGCACAGAAAGUAGCAGCAAAUAUAUCAGGGACUGAAGAAGGUGUUGAUCAGGAGUUAAAGAAAGCAACUAGCAAAGCUGUUGCAUUCUUGGAAUUACACCAUUGCCUAGAUCAAGUCUGUCGGAUGGUUACUUCUUCAUUACAAGGUAUGCUAAUUUUCGUUAUAAGGUAUUGUGAUAAAUGACUGGAUUUUAAAAACCAUUUUAAGAGUAUACUUAAAGAGAUACAUCAGUUGGUGCCAGAGUCUCCAUUUGCUUUACAAUGUUUACGAUGGAAAAUGGUCAUUGUGAUCUUUUUUUCUUUCUGAGUAAACUUAUUGCCUCCUUGAUCAAGGCCAAAUUCACAUUAGCUCUUUAGUCUUGCUGUUGCAGAACUGCUUUUCUGCAAGCAUUCCCACAUUUCAUUGGUAACUUGUAAAAGUUGCUUAGAUCGUGUGGUCCUUCUCAUGCCAAAGUCAGUGACUGUGAUGGAGAUAUAGGCUUGGCAUGGAGUGUACAAACUUCAUAUUACUGACUGAAAGCAGAAGCCAACAACGAGAAAGCAGGUUUGCUGCUAGAGCUUCACCAGAGGCUAGCAAAGUGAGUGAAGAGAGAAUUUUGUGGGGACCUCAUGGUGUUCCGACCAGAAACAUCAUUGUUUCUUCUGUAUGCAGUGUAUUUAAAAUUUAGAUCCCUGCAGUUUCUCUCACUGCAUCUAUGAUAAGUAAUAUACACUUGUUUUUAUUAAGGUCAGCUCUGUUUGGCUACUGUCUUUGUUCUUGACCACUUUGUCUACAAGCUAAGAUUGCCUAUUAGGGAAUGCAACCGUCAAAUUGAAAAAGCGUUCCCCAUUCAAUCCUUUUCUACAGUGAAUGGCAGCCCUUCUCCCUUCUUAACAUCUAAAGUUUAAAAAGCAUGUAGUAGGAUACCUAAUACUUGCAUGCAGUAUUAUUUUCUGGGUGCCUCAAAUGCAGCACUUUAUGUUAUGUCAAUGGUUGAUUCUGCCAGUGGAAGCCAUGAACAUAUCCCCACCUUGUGGAACAAAUUAUAGUAAGGUAAACAAUCAUAUUUCUGCAAUCAUUCUCUAAGCCUCCUGAACAUUUUUUUUAAUGAAAAACAAAAAUAAGCUAUGUGUAUAAAUCUGUUAUUCCUUUCUGAGUCUCUUCAAACGAUGUGCAGAUUAUUCAAAUUUCUUCCUAAUUAUUUUUAACUUACUGGCUUUUUUACCUUUGUUUUUCACAGGCUCAUAUAGAAACAGAAGUCCACUUAGGUAUUUCAUAGAAAAGAUUUGCAUCUUAACUGGGAAUUUUAACACUCUCUGCAACCCAUCUGUAUUAUCCACUGAUACAGCAGACAAUCCUGUUUGCACAAUCCCAGAGCCUUCUGUGAACCAUAGAGAAUUGGACUCCGUAGCAAAGUCACUCAUUAUAAGUUUUGAACUUGAACAGGGACAGAAUUCAUCAAAUGUUCAGGACACUUGUAUGCAAAAUUCUUGUUCUGAAGGAAAACAACUUGAAGAGGAUGAGGUUCUAAACAUCUGGGAGCAGAAAGAAGCUCCAAAAUGGGAACAUCUACUUUGGUCUCUACCUAAAAGCUUAGGGGAAGCUUCACCUAGUGGAAUCCAUUGGGUAUAAAUUAUUGCUUAACUUAUGGAAUGCAGGUAAUAAACACUGUAACGGUUAUGUUGGCUAUUGUGUUGGCAUCUGGAAAAAAUGGAGCCUUGGAACAAUAAGUCUUUGGGCUAGUUCACAUGCUCACCCAGCCAAGAUUGCCCUUCUGUGGUGAAUGGAAUAAGUGCAGGUCUUCCUCUUUUACUUGCAUAUUUAAGGCAUUGUGUGAAUCCAUUCAUGAAGUCUCAGUUCACUAAAUUUUUAUCUCUUAGGGUGUAACUAAAAGUUUGCAAAUCAUCCCAUGAGAAGGGUUCCUGGUUCCCAAAAUAUCUUAUAUGUACUUUUCAGAGGAGUGGUCUUGCCUGCUCCCUCUAUCAUGGAAUGACAGUUCUUGGCUGGGUGAUGUAGUCACUGGUCCCUAAAGAAGCUGCAAAUUCACACCAAAAGGAAGUCCAGUCCAAGAUGCAUAUUAUAAGCUGUGGGGCAAGUCAGAAAAUUCAGUCGUUAAAAUUUAAUUCAUUCUGCAUGCAUGUAAUAGCUUCAUUUUAAAACCAUGCUCCAACAUCGAAGGAGUUGCAUUAACCUUGCUGGUCAUAUUUCUUAGCUCUUGGGGUCUAUAAAUGUUUAAUGUUUAGUAGGCAGUUGCAGUACCUAGGCCAAAUAUAUUUAAAGUGAAAUUCUUGAAAAAUGGGGACAUAGUUGCUUGGGUAGUGAUGUGUCAUUUUAUACGAAUAAUUUUAACAAUGCACCCCUGUUUUGCAGCCAUUGUUUGGGCACAGUUCAAGUUGUAGAAUAAGAGGCUUAGAAGAGGUCUCUUGCUGCCACUGAACCCUCAGGAUGGUUAGUCUCCAAAGAGACUCAUGUCUGCACCCAUGCAAAUGGCUUGUGUUUACCACAAGGGUGUCUAAACAUGUGAGCCAAUUUCCCUUUCAGCAGUAACUGCUCAUUGCUGGGGGGAAGCCACUUCAAAGGACCCCAACCUUUAGGUAUGAUUUUCUAGGGCACAGAGGAAAGGAAAUGGCAAGACUGCCCUUUGGAUUCCAUUUGAUUACAUGGAAUAACAGGGUAUGAGGUAAAGUGAUUUAAAAAGUAACAGCUUCUUCUCAGUUUGGUGACAAUGAUUUUUAAAACAAGUGAAAGGGAGUAGCUUCUGAGUAUGGUAAGUUCCCUCAGCCUUAAUUUUAAAGAACAAGCUUUUCAUUAUUUUGUAAUUUAUAUGCAGUACUUGUUUUGGUUGUUGUUUUUUAAGAAUAACAUAUUUAAUUCUUUUUAGCAGAGCUUUUCCAGUAUAAUUAUGGUUUGCCAACAGAGUUGUUUGGACACCUGAAAGUCAACUUUACUUUUAACGGUGUACCACACAGUACAACAGAACUCGUUCAUCAUUCGUUAAAAGGCUUUAAAAUGAUCGUUGACCUGACACAAACUAUUUCAGUUGUUGAGAAUUUUAAAAAUCCCUUAAAACAAAAACACAGUGCUGGCUUUCACAUUUUUAUAGUACCAGUUUUGAUUGAUGCUUGUAAAUGUAACUCCUCCUAAUCAUGUAUUGUCUAUACACAUCUAUUUACAUACACAAAUUUGUAUAUAAGGUGCUUACAAAGAUCAGAAUUGAAUUGUAAAGAUUUGCAAAUAGAGCAUAAGGUACCUUUAAACAUUAUUGGUUCUUUUUUAAAAACUAGUAUCUGCCUUGAGCCAUAUAUAUUGAGCUUUAAAUGCUGUACAAAAGUGAUAUUAAACUAUUCUAUUCAAGUG